GAAAUAUAUUGCAUUGAUCACCGCAAGACUGACGUAUCGGGGACAGGGGCCAUGUCGAUCCCUUCUCAAAUUGAAAUCUCGCGACCUGCGCUGUUUUCAUCUUCAAACUCCCCACCAUGUAUACGGACUAUAAUACACCGGUAACCAAAGCUGUCAGGACACUCUCUCAGCCUGUCGGAAUCAGACCAGAACAUAUCGCCGAGGAAGAAACUCUGCUCUACCUAAAACCUAAAUACGACCACCGUUCGCCCAAUGAAUAUACCAUCAAGCGAUAUUGGGACGACUCGACGGUUUUCACAGUCACUGGCCACAAAUAUGGUGACACUCCAGCCCGCGAAUUUCGCGAUUCGUCAGGACUCCCCAUGUUCCAGACUCGCGAAGCAGUCCUAGCAUGGAAAAGACCAUUACGGGUGCGAUUACCCGGCAAUGAAGACGAAGAACUUGUGGAUUUCAGGGUCAACAUGAAGAAUGUCUACAGACUCACAUUUCGCAACUCGAUGGAGCCAGACUCAAAAAGCGAGAGCGAUAGAAUGGCGACGGUCGAAGUCCGAGAGUCGGGCUCUUACGCGUGGCAAGGAUUCUCGGCCAGUGUUGGGGGCCAGAAAGUGGUUGAUGUCCGUGAGAGCAUGACGAUGAAUAAGACACUACCCAAAUGUACCUCUAAAGGUGAUGUGUCCUUGAUGCCACGACAAGUCCUUGAGAUUCUUGUGGCUGAGGGUUUCGACUUGUCGCUAGCUGCCCUUAUUGCUGUGUACAUGGCAGACUCGAGGUUCAGUACUGCACCUCCUCCCCGAUGUUAAGUGAAUACAAGAACUUUUGGAUAUUUUAAUUGAACUGGUCUCAAUCCUCGUCUGUUAUGCAAUGUGC